CAUUGUCACAAUGAAUUGGAAGAAUUCUUGCCUCUCUCUGCUUUUAUUAGCUGCCCUCUGCAUCAAUAUUUCUAAUGCACAAGAUGUAGUAGAAAGUCCAUGGUCAACUACUGAAAGGGCUGAUAUUUUCAUUAAAUAUUUCAUUGAAACCAUUUCUCGUUCUCCAGCUUUUACCCGUGAGCAGAUAGAUGACAUGUCUUCCAUAGGUGACACAUUGAUAGCUUCACUGGAUAACAUGUCUAAAAGUGGGAAGAGUUCUACAAACAUUUUGCAAGCUCUAAAUAUGGCAUUCGCCUCAUCCAUGGCGGAAAUUGCCAUAAUCGAUCAAGGAGGACAAAGUAUUGAUAUCAAAACUGACGCAAUUAUUGAUGCCUUGAAUGAAGCAUUCAUUAAGACAGGAGGACGAGUAAAUAAUCAAUUCUUAAGUGAAAUAAGACAGUUGAUAAUUAUGUUCAGCCGAAAUUCAAUGAAUGAUAUCACAUCUGGAAAUACAAUUACAAGCUCAGGAUUUGCUGCUGGUGAUUACGUAUCAUCUUUCCCAAUAACAGCGGUAGUCACUUCUGACGGAUACACAGCAGGACAAUCGUCAUAUCAAACAUCUUACACUUUAUCAUCAACAGGUGAUAAUAGACAACAAAACAAUGGAAUAGGACAAGGCGUUUCUUCAGCUACAACAAGCAGUACUCAAGGAUAUGGACUAAGUCAGACUAGUAAUGGUAUAUCAUCAUUUGCAACAGGUGAUUCUCAAGGCUACGGACAAGGACUAUCAGGAUAUCAAGAUCAGCAAGGAUAUUCUUCUUCAUCUUCUGCAAUAGCAAUCUCCUUAGGUUACAGUCAGAAUGGCUAUGGUCCUACUACAGGAGCAACUGGCAUAGGCUCAGGAGCAGGUCAAGGACAAGGAGGAUAUGGUGGACAAUUAGGAGGACCAGAUGGCUCUUCUUCAGCAUCUGCAUCGUCUGCUGGUCAGAGUUACGGGCCUGUAUUAGGACAACAAGCAGGAGCAGGUGGAUCCUCCUCUUCUGUAACAUCAUCAGUUGAUUCUCAAGGUUAUGGUCCAGGGCAAUCUGGAUAUUCUGGACAGCAAGGUUAUUCCUCUUCUUCAAUCGCCAUUUCCCUUGGUUAUGGUCAAAAUGGAUAUGGCCCUGGUUCAGGGGCAACUGGCACAGGCUCAGGAUUAAGUCAAGGGCAAGGAGGAUAUGAUGCACAAUUAGGAGGACCAGGUGGCUCUUCUUCAGCAUCUGCAUCGUCUGCCGGUCAGAGUUACGGGCCUGGAUUAGGACAACAAGCAGGAGCAGGUGGAUCCUCCUCUUCUGUAACAUCAUCAGUUGAUUCUCAAGGUUAUGGUCCAGGGCAAUCUGGAUAUUCUGGACAGCAAGGUUAUUCCUCUUCUUCAAUCGCCAUUUCCCUUGGUUAUGGUCAAAAUGGAUAUGGCCCUGGUUCAGGGGCAACUGGCACAGGCUCAGGAUUAAGUCAAGGGCAAGGAGGAUAUGAUGCACAAUUAGGAGGACCAGGUGGCUCUUCUUCAGCAUCUGCAUCGUCUGCCGGUCAGAGUUACGGGCCUGGAUUAGGACAACAAGCAGGAGCAGGUGGAUCCUCCUCUUCUGCAACAUCGUCAGUUGAUUCUCAGGGUUAUGGUUCAGGGCAAUAUGAAUAUUCUGGACAGCAAGGUUAUUCCUCUUCCUCAAUCGCCAUUUCCCUUGAUUAUGGUCAAAAUGGAUAUGGCUCUGGUUCAGGUGCAACUGGCACAGGCUCAGGAAUAGAUCAAGGGCAAGGAGGAUAUGAUGGAAAAUUAGGAGGACCAGAUGGCUCUUCUUCAGCAUCGGCAUCAUCUGCUGGUCAGAGUUACGGGCCUGAAUUAGGACAACAAGCAGGUACAUGUGGAUCCUCCUGUUCUAUAACGUCAUCAGUUGAUUCUCAAGGUUAUGGUCCAGGCCAAUCUGGAUAUUCUGGACAGCAAGGAUCUUCAUCUUCUUCAAUCGCCAUUUCCCUUGGUUAUGGUCAAAAUGGAUAUGGCCCUGGUUCAGGGGCAACUGGCACAGGCUCAGGAUUAGGUCAAGGGCAAAGAGGAUAUGAUGCACAAUUAGGAGGACCAGGUGGCUCUUCUUCAGCAUCUGCAUCGUCUGCCGGUCAGAGUUACGGGCCUGGAUUAGGACAACAAGCAGGAGCAGGUGGAUCCUCCUCGUCUGCAACAUCAUCAGUUGAUUCUCAGGGUUAUGGUCCAGGACAAUUUGAAUAUUCUGGACAGCAAGGUUAUUCCUCUUCCUCAAUCGCCAUUUCCCUUGAUUAUGGUCAAAAUUUAUAUGGCUCUGGUGCAGGUGCAACUGGCACAGGCUCAGGAAUAAAUCAAGGGCAAGGAGGAUAUGAUGGACAAUUAUGAGGACCAGAUGGCUCUUCUUCAGCAUCGGCAUCAUCUGCUGGUCAGAGUUACGGACCUGGAUUAGGACAACAAGCAGGUGCAGGUGAAU